UAGAGGGAUACAUUGCUUCCUUAAGGAAGACUGAUAACAAUCUCACACACCCAAUAACUCUCGAUGUCUUUAUAGGGAAGAAAAGAUGCCGAACAUCAGCAAUGAGACAGACGCCGCGAAGUCCUUGAGCUAUGGGGACGUUUUCAUCGUCUUGGUUCUACUUUUCAUUUUCCUUGUGGGGGUCCCCGGCAAUGCUCUGGUUCUUUGGGUUACCGGAGUGAAGAUGAAACGCAGAGUCAACACCGUUUGGUUUUGUAACCUUGCUCUGGCCGACAUCAUCUGUUGCUCGUUUGUCCCGCUCAUCCUAGUUAAUAUCUUCAGUUCCCGUUGGCUAUACGGAGACACUUGGUGCAAAAUUUUACCCUUCAUUCUCAUUCUCAAUAUGUUCUCCAGCGUCUACACCCUGGUGGCCAUCAGCAUUGACCGCUGCAUCCUGGUGGUCUGGCCAGUGUGGGCCCAAAAUCACCGCCGCUUACGGACAACGUGGAUCAUCUGCAUGGUUAUUUGGAUUGUGUCCAUUGUAAUGGGUCUACCUGUGGCCAUCUACCGAACAACGGUCAUUGAGAAUAACAUAACCACAUGUACCUAUAUGAAAGAGUUUAUGGUUCCCAUCACUCUUACUCGGAUGGUUUUUGGAUUUCUGAUUCCCCUCAUAAUCAUUUCUACCUGUUAGAUCCGUCUGGCUUUUAAAGUACAAAACACACGGCUUUUAAAGGCGGGCAGAAAGACUACCAGGGUGGCCCUUGUCAUAAUAGUGGCCUUCUUCAUCACCUGGGCUCCAUACCACAUAAUGGGAGUUAUGCUCUACACUGGCAAUAAAGUUGUGGUCUACUUGAAUGCUCCAGCACAGUCUUUGGCUCACUUUAAUAGCUGCAUCAACCCGAUACUGUACGUCUUCAUGGGGAAAGAUAUGAAGAGCAAAGUGCGACAGACUAUUUGCGGGAGCAUGGAAAAUGCAUUUAAAGAAGAGGC